UUCUCUGCCUCACGUCGAAUUUCAAUCACAAAUCUGGAUAACAAUAACAAUAGUGAGAAUAAUAAUUGUUCUCAUUCUUUCGGAAACACAGCUUUCACUUGCCUUCAUGAAGAUAAAGCAAGCUUCUUUCUCCUUCUUACUCUUCCUGCUUAUUUCCUCCUAUUCAACCACCACUUUAGCCCAAGCACCCGCUGCAUCACCUAAAUCCUCAGCAAAACCUGCAUCACCAUCGCCAUCUGUGCCUACAUUACCACAGUCACCUUCAGAUUCUUCUGAUUCUUCUACUGACGACAUCAUCAGAAUUUUGAGAAAGGGCAAUUCAUUUAGCGUCUUGAUCCGCCUCCUCAAAACCACUCAACUGAUCAACCAAAUCAAUUCCCAACUCAUAACCACCAAAUCUGGCGGCUUGACCAUUUUUGCACCAGCUGACUCUGCUUUUUCACAGCUCAAAGCAGGGUUCCUCAAUUCAUUAGAUGACAAUCAAAAGAUCAAACUUUUACAGUUCCACGUCCUCCCCAAUUACGUUUCGAGUUCAAAUUUUGAUUCUUUGACCAACCCAGUUCGCACAUUGGCCGGAGAUAACCCCACCAGACUGCAAUUUAACGUCACAGCAUAUGGAAACAGUGUGAAUAUUUCAACGGGUGUGGUUAAUACCACAGUCACAGGCGUCUUGUACUCUGAUAAGCAACUUGCCAUAUAUCAAGUGGACAAGGUGCUUCUGCCUUUGGACUUCUUUCAGCCUAAGCCACCGGCGCCGGCGCCUGCAAUUGCUGAAGCCCCAAAAGCCUCAUCUUCCGAAGAUGAUGAUCAGGUCAGGACAGCGAAGCACAGCUCCAAUGCAAUCAGUUUAAAAAGCAUUCGAGGAGCAACGUUUGUGUCUCUUGGAGUUGCUGUUUUAGUUGCAGUGGCGAGGAUGUGAAGUUAAAAACAACCCAUUUGUGUGAUUGGUUUGAAUUUUCAGAGCAAAGCUCGUUAAAUUUGUUGAUUUUGUUCUCCGUGUUUUUUUUCUUGGCGUUUCAAUGUGUUGGCGUAGAAAGAUAACUUGCGCAUAUAUAUAAUUUUUUUGUCUGAACA